AUGACCAGUCAAUCAUCAACACCCAGAAAGCGGACCAUCCGCGGGGGAAGUGCUGCACAAUUCCCGGGGAAGUUACACGACAUGCUUUGCUACGUCGAGAAGCAAGGGUUGCAUUCAAUCAUUUCUUGGAACUUUGAUGGGCGUUCGUUCAUGAUCCAUGAUCCUGAAAAGCUGAUGACGAUUCUACCAAUCUUCUUUGAACAGACAAAAUACAGAUCAUUUCGACGCCAGCUAAAUAUGUGGCACUUCGAAAGAAUCCUCGAUGGCCCCAACAGAGACAGCUUCCAUCAUCCAUUCUUCUUGCGAGGGAACAAGGAACUAUGUGCAUACAUGAGCCGAGAUGCCAAAUCUCUUCCAGCUGGCACCCCACUUCGCAAACUUUCAUGUGUUGAACAGGGGAUGUCUGUUUUACAAACUUCUCAACCACUCCAAAGAAUGUUGAAUACAAUUUACCAGACUAGAGCUAAUAAUGUGGUGGAUGAGAUGCGAAGAGGAGGAGUGAACUCACGAGCCUCUUCGAGCUCGCCUCAAGGGCUUGCUCUAAGCGAGACUGGAAAUUCGCAAGUUUGUGAUCAAGCGAGUUUUGCAGGGCGAAGCUUCUUCCCCUUGGAGAUCACUCCUAAGCAACCUACAUUGAAGAGUUGUGUUCCUUCGUCCCAAAGUCUGCUAGCAGUCAAUCAGAAUACGAAAUUUCAGUCUGGAUCUCUGGAACGCGACUUGGAUAGCAUCAUGAGUAUGGAGUACCAGAAAAACAACAUUCCAGCUGGGAUUCUGGAGCUAAUAGAAAACGAUAAGGUAUAA